AUGGGCUUCUUGGGCAGCGUCUGUCGUUGUUCCGGGGCGCUGCUAGCCAUUCCCAUCGCCGUGAUCGUGGCGGUCAUGGUGGAGACACCCACGGUGACCAAGCUAGAAGGUGGGCCCACCUUUGAGGCUCCUGCUGACGAGGUGCCGCAGGAUGCUACGGAAGCAUCAAAGGAGGGACCCGCGGCUCCUCGCAUGGGCUCCGGCAGCAUGUUCGACCGUAUCGCCUUCGUCUACGACUCCACAAACAAGUGGAUGUCGCUUGGCCUCGACCAGCAUUGGCGCAGCACGCUCGUCAAGGACUGCUUGCAGCUACAGCCAGAGGACAAGGUUUUAGACCUGGCGACGGGCACGGCCGAUGUCAGCAUCCUCGUCGGGCAGCAGCUGAGGACACUUGGCGCCGCCACGGACUCUGUCCUGGGAGUCGACCCGAGUAGCGAGAUGCUUCGCAGGGGUGUGGCCAAGGUGGAGUCCAGCGGCCUCGAUCACGUCGUCCGUCUCGUCAAAGGCGACGCGCAGGACCUCACCAGUGUGCAGGGCAUCGACGCAGCGGGCACCGUUGCCGACCCCAGCGCAGGGGCGGCGACGGGAUCGAUCGACAAGAUCAGCAUGUCAUUCGGCAUCCGCAACGUGCCUGACCGCCCGAAGGCGCUGGCCGAGAUGCGCCGUGUGAUGCGCAAGAAGGAUUCGAGCAGGGUUUGCAUCCUCGAGUUGUCCCUGCCCAGUGGAGAGACCUUCUUGUCCAAGGUGGCCAGAGGAUUCAUCACGCACGUCGUUCCUCUGAUCGGCUGGGUGGCGACAAUGGGCUCCGGUGGUGACGAGUAUGACUACCUCGAGCGGUCCAUCCUGCGAUUCCCGAAGCCCAUGGAAUUCGCAGCAGAGUUGGGCCGAGCGGGCCUUCCGGUGGAGACCAUCACCAGUUUUGCUUAUGGCGCCGUCAACCUCUACAUGGCCAAGCCGGAAUUCAUUGGAGCCUCCCGCACUCUCGCCGCUUUGCAAAGCCUCGUGAGACAGCGCAGCGUGGAACUGCUGACAUUGGCCAUGCUGAGGGAGAAGGUAGGCAAGCGAGUGGAUGCCGCCGAUGUAGACUUCAGCGCCUUUGGCUGCUUGCAUUUCUGGAUCGAGGACCGGGGUUUCGGCUCGGAGGUGAACAACCUUGUCUCGGCGGCGAUCGCCUGCGAGGAGUUUGGCCUCCACUGCGUUGUCGAGGAUGAAGUUUGGAAUUCCGGCCGCCUGCACACCUAUCUCCAGGCGGAGCCACUGAUUCUCCGCCGGUGCCCUGACGAGGGUACCAGCCGCCACCGUCCUUUGGAGGUCCGCCGCGACCGCCGUGUCGCCACUCCAGGUUGGUUUGCCGUCUGCAAACACGCCAAGGGUGUCUCUUUCGCCAAAAAGUCCAAGUUCAUGCGGCGAGUUUGGCGCUACACGACCGAGACCCGGAAGCGGAUUGACAGGUUGAACGAAGAGCUGCGGUUGCCCCCGAAGUACAUCGCGCUACAGGUUCGCCGGGGCGAUAAGGUGGCAGGAAACCGCAAGGAGAGCGUGCAGAUCACGGGCAUGGACUUCGCCAGGGAGGCGCAGAAACACCUCUCUUCAAGCUGUUCUGUUGUGGUCGUUUGCACCGACGACCUCACUGCCGCAGAGGAAGUGGGCCGUGCCCUGCGUUCGCUCGGCUCUCCCGCAGAGGUCCGCUGGCGUUCCCGCGCCGAAGUCCCCGCAAAUCUGCGCAACGGCCACUGGCAGGCAAGCUACAACUCCCUGACAGCGAAGCAGCGGAUUGAGAUGACUCACGAGUUCCUGGCGGAUGUGGAGGUGCUGCGAUGCGCGGAGGUGUGCCUUUGCACGUUCAGCAGCAACGUGGGACGUCUCGUCGCCUUACUCCGCGACCAGCGAACGGUGAGCUUGGACAUCACGGAGUGGACGAACGAUUAG